UACAUAGUAAUCGUAGUUAAUGUUGUAUUUUCAGAAACAGAGUUGACAUUGCCGUAGAAUGUUCAAGAAACUAACGUGGUUCUGUCUUAAAUUCUAAGAAGGUAAAAAAUAAUUAUUUUAUCACAAUUAGUCAUAGAAAUUAAUUAGUGCUCACCUUUUUGACUGUGGGAAACAGAAAAAUAUCAAAAAAGAGCAAAUCAGGCGAAUAAAAAGGAUAAGUCUCGUAAUAGAUUUUACAAAUAAGUUAACAUCAUGGAUCAAGGAUUAAGUUACUUAAAGGGUCCAACUGAUGUUCCACUACGUCCUAUUACUGUAGGAGGAUUUGUCGAAGAAUUGAAAGAUGAAUUUGAAGACGUUAUCAUUAUUUCUUCUAUUGAACAAAAGAAAACGUUAACAACACAGGAAUUUUUUGAAGAAACCGAUAAUUUUGCUGCUGCUUUGUAUGAUAGUGGAUUAAAACGAGGCGACAAAAUUGGUAUAAUCGUUAAUAAUUCUGUUGAAGCAUUGGUCGCUAAUUAUGGUUGUAUUAAAGGUGGAUUUGUAUUGGUAAAUCUAAAUCCAGCGCUGCAACCCAGGGAACUUGAAUACUAUAUGAAGACGUUACAAAUUAGUUGCAUAGUAUGCGUGGAUAAAUACAAAAGUUUUAAUAUUUUGGACACAAUAAAGAAAAUUGUACCUGAACUUGGAGAAUCUAGUUCUGAAGUAGUCGACUCCAAAAGUGUGCCUUCGUUGAAGCUUGUAAUUGUGAUAUCUGAUGAGCAAUAUAGAGGUACAACUAAGUUCAAAUCCAUAAUGUCAUUGGGAAAGAGUAUUCCAAAAGAAACAUUGACAAACUUCAAAAAUCAGAUAGACACGCACGAUAUAUUUACAAUACUUUUCACUUCUGGGAGCACUGGAAAUCCGAAAAUGGUUGGCCUAACUCAUCAUCAAUUUGCCAAUUGUCUUAAUGUUCUGAAAAUGAGACUACCGCUUCUUCAAGAAAAAGGAAAUUUCUGUUUUUAUUUACCACUUUUUCAUAUAUUUGGUUUGGGAUUUUGUUUGCUAUGUAUAUCACACGGAGUUACUAUAACUUUGCCAUCGCUAUAUUACAAUCCCGAGAAGAACUUGAGAGCGAUUAGUAAUGAAGGGUGUACUUGGAUAAUGGGUACUCCAACCAUGCUAGCCGACUUGAUUAGAAUACAAAAAGAUUUAAAUCUUCCCUUGUCUCCUACGAUUGCUAUAUCUGGAGGAGCUGCUGGUUCUACGCAACUAUUUAAGGACGUUCUAGAAAUUUUAAAAAUUAAACAACUUAGAAGUGGAUAUGGCAUGAGUGAAACUGCUGCUGCAGUGUGGCCGGUCGCAGAAGAUUUUAAUGAUUUCAAGUCAGUAGGAACAUUAUGUGACCAUCUGGAAGCUAAAAUAGUGGACAAUGAAGGUACCAUAGUACCUAUUGGAACAGUCGGUGAACUGUAUCUAAGAGGAUAUUCUAUAAUUAAAAAUUAUUUAAAUUAUGAUACAGAAUUAUUGGAUCAAGAUGGAUGGUUCAAAACUGGUGAUGCUGUAUAUGUGGACAAAAAUGGAAAAAUUUAUAUAACAGGGAGAUUGAAGGACAUAAUAAAUAGAGGUGGAGAAAAAAUUAGUCCUGCUGAAGUAGAAGAACUAUUGCAAAGUUAUCCAAAUAUUGUAGAAGUUUAUGUUGUUGGUACUUAUCACGAAAGACUUGGAGAAGAAGUAUGCGCUUGCAUCAAAUUAACAUCAGGUACGACUGUUACAUUGGAAGAGGUGAAAAACUACUGUAAAGGAAAGUUGUCAUAUUACAAAAUUCCAACUAGAAUUGAAAUUAUGGACAGUUUUCCAAAGACGCUCAUAGGAAAAAUACAAAAGAGUAAAUUAACUGAAUUGGUAAACAAUGUUGUAGUAAACUGAAUAUCUCAAAUUAUAGAGUACAUAUUAAUUUUUAGUUUAUUAUACACCUUUUACUUUAAAAUUAUUCAUUUAGCAGUGAGGGUAGACCAUCGAGUUAGUAUUUUCAUGUGGUAGACAUACAUGUAAGUUAGUAUAGGAUUAAAAAAAUACCAAAAGAAAAGUUCUUUGAAACCUCCAAUAGUUAUUCUUGGUGGUAUCAUUGGUUUCUUUUAUUUUAACUGAAUAAUUGAGGCGGUAGCUGGAAAAAGGGCACAUAGAGCUGAAAGUGCUUUUGAGAUAUCCCCGUCCAAAGUUUGUAUUCUAGUGCACCAUAUUACGAGGAUGCAUCAGAAAAUAACGAAACUGGUGCUAUAGUAUAACAACGAAACAUUUAUUUAAAAAAAUUCAACAACUAUCCUUCGAAGUACUCUCCAUUCUGUUGAAUACACUUAUUCGAUCGCUUUAUCCACUUAUCAUAAACUUCUGAGAAACCAUUUUUUGAUAGUCUGUUUAGUAUACCCAUCACAGCGUUGUUGAGCUCUAAAUCCGACUCAAAUCUUCUACCUCUCAAUUCUUUUUUGACUUCAGGAAACAAAUGGAAGUCACAUGGAGCAAGGUCAGGAGAGUAGGGGGAUGAACCAUAAUUUCAACCCCUAAUUCUUCAAUUGUUCGUUGACAAAUCAUUGAUCUAUGAGCCGGAGCAUUGUCGUGAUGCAGCGUCCAGCCAAAGUCCUGAUAAAGCGGCCAUUUUUUCUUUAAUUUUGCCUUUAAGGGUCCUCGAAGUACAUUAGAAUAGUACUCCCCUGUUAAUGUAUGUCCUCUAGGUACAAUGUGAUCGUAAAUAACGCCAAAUUUAUCAAAAAAAAAAUCAGGUGCAUCACUUUGCCUUUAUGCAUACUUUGAGACUUCAAUUCAAGAUCGUAAUGAUAAAACCAACUUUCGUCACAUGUAAUCACAUUAUUUAAAAACUGUGGGUUACGUUGCAAUUGCCUUUUCCACUGCUGACAAAUUGUCACUCGAUUCGCUUUUUGUUCAUCGGUCAUCACUUUUGGAAUCCAUCUUGCCGCGAUCUUCCGGUACUCUAAAUCUUCAUGAAUAAUUUUUUGAGUGGUACCGUAAGACAAAUUAACAUUGUCAGAAAUUCGUUUUAUAUCAAUCCGGCGAUCAUUUCGUAUCAAGUCGUUAAUUUCUGCAAUUUUUGUGUCAUUUCUCGCAGUUUGUGGUCGACCGGGACGAGGUUCAUCUUCAACUGAUUCACAACCGUCUUUAAACUUUUUAUGCCACUCAAACACUCUACAUCGUGAUAAACUAUUAUCUAGAUAUGCACCUUUAAAUAUUUCAAAAGUUUCAGUUGGUGUUUUACCCAAUCGAACACAAAAUUUUAUCGCGUAUCUUUGCUCCACUUUCAUUUUUCGAUGGGUACGCAAAACACUGACAAUUCAAUAAUUAAUUUGUAACAAAUGUCAAAAGUUAAAUCAAAGCCUACUUGCGGGGUAGUACAUUAAAUAUAAGGCUUUCAUGUCUCAUUUUUUGGGUUAUAAAAUGUUACCUUUGAAAGAAGUUAUAGCACCAGUCUCGUUAUAUACUGAUAUAUCCUCGUAUUUUACAACAAAAUAAAUUUCGGAUGGUUCAAUACAGAUCUUUUAACAUUGCUUUCAAAAGAGUAAGGCUUUAAAAAACCGAUUAUAUCACAUACAGAGUUGAUUACAGCACAAUAAAAAAGUAGUUUAUGUGCCCCUUUUCCAUAGAAUCAUAACAAAAUAUUAAAAGUAGUUAUUUGUUUAUUUUUCAAUACAAUGGCUUUAUAAGGGAUGAUAUUCUAUAAAAAAACAACGAAUUGCUAUGACACAAACACUUUAAUCCUAUAAAAAUGUUACUCAGAUACAGCAUCACUGUCGAGCAUGUCGUCCUCGGAGGACCAUUCAUCGUGACCCUGUUGUAUAUCACCAUUCGCUUUCUCUGUUUCAUCAAAUACUCCUUGUUAAAUCCACUGAAUACUUGCCUCUUCGAGGAAACAAAAGAGGCCAGCAACGUCUUUCCUGCCAAACAAUGUUAUAUUUGAUGACAGCAGAUGUCAUCACAAAAUAUUCGAUAUUUCGGUCAUGUUUCGAAAUAUCGAUAUAAAAUUUUUAGUGAAUGUUACUUAGAUAUCAGAGACGUCAAAAUCGUGUUCUACGCAAAAAAGUCACAUAAGGCCAUGUGCCCUUUUUCCAGCUACCGCCUCAAUUAAUGUAUUUUAUUUAAAUAAAAUUAAAUUAAAUGAAAUAAAAAGCAAUAAAAUUAAUAGAACUUAUAUUGUAAAAUAAAUAAUGUUAUAAUAGAGGAUUUGUGGUAUAAGUUUUGGUUUCUGCUACCUUUUUUUUAUUUUUUUUUUAUUUUGUGUACGUGUUUUAAACAUAAAUUUAAUUUUCACUAUCC